AUGUCCAGAGUUGCAUUAGUAACCGGCGGUUGCUCAGGUAUUGGUCUCGCCUUGGUCAAGCACCUACUGGCCAAGGCGUGGAAUGUGGUGAUCGCCGACAUUGCACCUCCCAAGCAGGACGCAGAUCUUCCUGCUGAACGCACACUCUAUGUCAGGACAGAUGUCAGCAGUUUCGACGAGCAGGCAGAGCUCUUCGCCAAAGCCUUCAAAUGGCAUGGGCGAUUAGAUUUUGCCGCCCUCAACGCUGGUAUUGAGGAUAGAGAUGACAUUUUCGGUACCAUUGACCCUUCAACACCACCAAGCAAGCCGGAUAUGUCAACUUUCGAGGUCGACUUGUUGGCAGUGUAUUAUGGGAUAAAGCUCUUUGCGCACUACGCUGCCCAAAACCCGGUCCCAGGAGGCAAGAUUGUUGCGACGGCCAGUGCAGCAAGCCUUUAUCCCGCCCCAUGGCUGCCUCAGUAUGCAGCAGCGAAACAUGGAGUGGUCGGUUUGGUGCGGUCGUUGGCGCCCAUAGCGGCCCCCCACAACAUCACCAUCAAUUCUAUUUGUCCAGCUAUGGUCGUCACUAACAUCGACCCGAGCAUUUCUCAGCGGUUCCCAGAAAGGCUCCGGACGGAUAUGUCCGUCGUGAUGAAAGCUUUUGAUGAGCUGACAGACGAAAGUCUGGGGCACACCGGGCAAGCCGUUGAAGCCUGCGCUGAAGGACUGUACUACCGAAAUUGUGUUGAAAUUGAAGCUCCGAGCAUGAGCGAAUUGCAACAGACCGAAAACAUGAGGGAGUGGGUGGAGUCUGUCAUAAAGAGGAAUAUUCAACACGGUUUGAGAGCACAAGGCAGGCUCUCUUAG